AAGUUAUAAUUAUGUUAUAAUAAGCUUCAAUAUCAUCCUGUAGCUAAUAUUAAUAAUAAAAAGAGCAAAACCCACUUUGAAAAACCAGCUCACGUAGUCCAACCACAGCCAAAAUCCAAAAUAAAAUCAUGUUUUACUUUAAUAAUCCACAUCUCCUAGUUGUGACCAAUGACUUUUUUAAUAUGAAUGUUCUACGGUGACCUCUGACCGCCCAUGGUUUCCCAAAAUUGUUACUUUUUACUUUUCUCGGAAGAUAUAAAGUUAUAUAUAUUUAUAGAGAAUGAGAACACCUUAAAAACCCCAAAGAGACAACAAUUAACUCACACUUAUUCAUAUAAAACACUUCCAAAAUUGUUUUUUAACCUUUAAGUGAUAACAUGGAAGCCACAAUUAACUUGGGUUCCACCGUUCGACACAACUCGGUCUGUCCAUCUGCCACGAGCGGCACUCUAGGCCGCCACCUUGCUCGGAGGCUCGUCGAGAUCGGCGCCUGGGAUGUCUUUUCCGUGCCGGGCGACUUCAAUCUGACCCUCUUGGAUCACCUGAUCGCCGAGCCGAAGCUCAACUUGGUCGGAUGCUGCAACGAGCUCAACGCUGGGUACGCUGCUGACGGGUACGCCAGGUCCAGGGGCGUGGGUGCGUGUGUGGUGACUUUCACAGUCGGUGGGCUGAGCGUUCUCAAUGCCAUCGCCGGAGCGUACAGUGAGAAUUUGCCAGUGAUCUGUAUAGUUGGCGGCCCGAACUCAAAUGACUACGGGACGAACCGGAUCCUCCAUCAUACGAUCGGUUUGCCGGAUUUCAGUCAAGAACUUAGGUGCUUUCAAACCGUUACGUGUGCUCAGGUCGUGGUUAAUAAUUUGGAUGAUGCACACGAGCAGAUAGACACUGCGAUUUCAACUGCAUUGAAAGAAAGCAAGCCUAUUUAUAUCAGCAUAAGCUGUAAUUUGCCUGGGAUUCCACAUCCCACUUUUGGCAGGGACCCUGUUCCUUUCUUCCUUGCUCCCAAAGUAAGCAAUCAAUUAGGAUUAGAAGCAGCAGUUGACGCUGCUGUUGCUUUCCUACACAAAGCUGUUAAGGCCGUUCUUGUGGGUGGACCAAAACUAAGGGUGGCUAAGGCUCAACAAGCAUUUGUAGAGCUUGUUGAUGCUAGUGGUUACCCUGUUGCUGUUAUGCCCUCCGCUAAGGGCCAGGUGCCAGAGCACCAUCCCCAUUUCAUUGGAACUUAUUGGGGCGCCGUCAGCACCAGCUUCUGUGGAGAGAUUGUUGAGUCUGCUGAUGCGUAUCUCUUUGCUGGGCCCAUCUUUAAUGAUUAUAGCUCUGUUGGGUACUCUUUAUUGAUCAAGAAGGAAAAAGCUAUCAUGGUAGAGCCUAAUCGUGUGACGAUUGGAAAUGGUCCAUCAUUUGGCUGGGUCUUCAUGGCUGACUUUUUAAGUGCAUUGUCCAAGAAGCUGAAGAAAAAUAGUACUGCUUUAGAAAAUUACCGCCGGAUAUAUGUUCCACCUGGUGUUCCUCUAAGGCAUGAAAAUAAUGAAGUUUUAAGAGUCAAUAUUCUCUUCAAACACAUUCAGGAGAUGCUAAGUGGUGAUACAGCAGUGAUAGCUGAAACUGGAGAUUCAUGGUUCAAUUGUCAGAAACUCCGCCUUCCACAGAACUGCGGGUAUGAAUUCCAGAUGCAGUAUGGAUCAAUUGGAUGGUCUGUAGGUGCAACCCUUGGGUAUGCUCAGGCCGCAAAGGACAAACGUGUAAUUGCUUGCAUUGGUGAUGGGAGUUUCCAGGUAACAGCUCAAGAUAUUUCUACGAUGAUAAGGUGUGGACAAAAUACCAUUAUAUUUCUCAUAAAUAAUGGAGGCUACACUAUUGAAGUAGAGAUUCAUGAUGGGCCAUAUAAUGUCAUCAAAAACUGGGACUACACCGGACUUGUUAAUGCUAUUCACAAUGGUGAAGGAAAAUGUUGGACUACCAAGGUUCGAACGGAGGAGGAUCUAGUCAAUGCCAUUUCAACAGCAACAAAUGAGCAAAAGGAUUCUCUAUGCUUUAUAGAAGUAUUUGCACACAAGGAUGACACCAGCAAAGAACUGUUGGAAUGGGGUUCCCGAGUAUCUGCUGCUAACAGCCGCCCACCAAAUCCUCAAUAACCCAUAUAUAGAGUUUAUGAAAGACGUGUAAUAAAAACCUUGCAUUUGUUUCAAUAAAUGGAGUGUUAGUGUAAAGCUUCUAAUUUUCUACCUAAGAAAAUUUACGGGAACUGGAAAUAAAUAAAUAAAUAAGAAGGUAGCCUGAUUUGCAGUUUCCCAGCA